UUAGCGGUUUCUAUCCAUGCUUGUUGAAUUUACUGCAUAUAUGAACUAACUCUCUCACUCCAAGCUUUAUUGAUCAGUGUCAUUUGUGGGUUUUGCAGGCAAGAAUUUGGUCAUCUUGUAAGGCGUAAACGAGCUCUAGAGGCGGCUUGACCAUGUCAGCUGAGGAGAUGAAGAUUCGAGGCGAGCUAGAGAUGGACGUGGAGAGGGAUUUGGAGGAAGAAAUCAAGGAUGGGAUAUACCACCUUGCCCUACGCUUGCACCGGCUCUAUCAGCACCAAAAGGAGAGGAUUAAUGCAAGAGAAUAUUGUGCCAAAACUGCUCAACAAGGCCUAGCAAAGAAGAAAACACUUUCUGAGAUCAACAUAAGCAUUAGAAUGGAUGGUGGCACCAAGAUUGAGAUAAAAGAGAUCAAAAAACAAACCCGCGAGCAUGGCCAUAGCUUGGCUUUAAUAAGAUCAGAAAAUGGCCGAGAGAUCGCAGGUGCCGGUGCCAGGAAAUUCGACUGGGCAAAGAGUCUUCGAUCAGAAGCCAGGCCUCUCGUGAUUAACAAGAAAUAUGAGAGUUACUAUCAAGCUAAAGGAAAUAGGAAUGGGCAUAAUCUGCACCAAGCUGUCAAACUUGACUCUGCUAAUAAUAGAAAUUUCAUGAGCACUGUGUCUGGGCGCAAGGGCAGCAUGGUUCCUGAGAACAAGCUGCUUGAACUGGGCUGGAAAUGCUGAGCCAUUAAUUAAUUGCUGUGUGAAUUAAUAAAUUACUGUAUUAACAAUGCUAUUUGGUGUACGAUUAAUAAGCCUUAACAGGCAUCAUUGUAUAUCACAGUUAUGUGUUAUUUAUUUGUUUUGCAUGGACCUGUUGGUUUUAAUGAAAUAACUAUAUGUUU